GUCAGGAAUCAGUUUUUUAAAGGUCCCAGGGUGGUUCCAUUGUGCAGUAAAGUUCACUGGUGUCUGGUUUAGAUCCUAAGGAGAAAGCCCAUGAUGUAUUUUGAGUUAAGACACACGGACAUGGAAAUAAUGAUAACGCUUUAAUAAUAAUGUGAUGUAUGCUGGUAGAUUGGCGGAUCAGGGUAUAAGAUCCGAAGGAGUUUAGCCAAAGAAGAAACCCUAAGGACCCAGACAGUAGAGGAAGACCGCUGAGGAAGUGGUUAUGGAACUGGAUCUCCAAAGUGUAGAUGGACAAAGGCAUGGAUUGACAGUCAGGAAAAGGGCAUGGUCUAAGGCAUGGAGCCUGAUAUUGAAAUGGCUUGGGCCAUGAGAGCAAUGCAGCAUGCUGAAAUCUACUACAAACUGAUUUCAUCAGUUGACCCACAGUUCCUGAAACUCACCAAAGUGGAUGACCAAAUCUAUUCUGAGUUUCGGGAAAAUUUUAAGAAUCUCAGGAUAGAUAUACUGGAUCCAGAAGAGCUCAAAUCAGAAUCAGCUAAAGAGAAGUGGAGGCCAUUCUGCUUAAAGUUCGAUGGGAUUGUGGAAGACUUCAACUAUGGUACUUUGCUGCGACUGAACUGUUCACAGGGCUACACUGAAGAAAACACCAUCUUUGCACCCAGGAUACAAUUUUUUGCCAUUGAAAUUGCUCGGAAUCGAGAAGGUUAUAACAAAGCAGUUUAUACUGGUAUUAAGGACAAUGAAGAGAAAGAAGCCAGCAAUGGAGGAGACAAAGGAGCCAACAGCAGAGAAGAAGAAGAAAAAGGAGCCAACAGAGGAGGAGAAAAAGAGAAGACCAAUGAAAGAGAAGAAAAAGAGAAAGAAGCCUACAAAGAAAUCAACAAAAGUAGUGAAACAACUAUGUGAGGUAGUCAGGGAACAGCACUCUAGAAGCUAUGAUUCAAGUGAGUCUGCAAGUUGCUAAAAUGUUGCUACUUGCACAGGUCCCUAUGGUCAAAUGUAUUAAUAUCUCCUUUUUUAGUGGAAGGACAUGCAGAAGGACAUUUUUCUGGCCUAAUUAUCAGAAACUGCAGUGCUUGUUCUCUUGUGUGAACUGGCUUGAAGACUAUUAGUGGGGUCUUAGUUGAUGGUUUGUUGGUUCACACCACCAGUCAAGUAAGAAAUUUUGUAAAUAAAUUUCUUUUGGUUCUUAUGACUAUAUAUCUGUGACUGACUUUUAAAAGGUAUUGAAAAUUAUUUGACAUGAUUCUUUUAGUGCAUAAUCUUUGUCAUGUCAUAUAUAUAAUGAUUUAUGCUUAUUUCUCAGGGCUUUUCACUACUUCCUGUAGUGAAGUUCAUUCAAACCUGUAAAGUUGCACGUGGUUUUGGAUUAGAAAUUCUUACGUAAAAUUGACUGUUGCUGUUUGAAUUACUGUAGCUUUCUGAUUUUAUUUGCUAUAUCGCUCAAAAGAUUUGAUAAAUACUCUACAGGGAUUAAUAGCAGCAGCCUGAAUCUGUCAGACAGGGAAACACAGUGCAGUUCAUCUUCGAGGAACAAGAGACUAGACCUGCUUUAGUACCUGCUUUUCUUUUGUAAUCAAGUUGUUACCUGAAUACAACAGAAAUUAUUUUUUUUUCAACAGAAAUUAAUAAUGAAAUACAAAGCUUAGUAGAAUGUCUUUCCUUUUAUAAUGCUAUGGACAAUAGCACGUAUACAUUAAAUACAAAAUGAACAUA